CCCCCCUCAUCUUCAAUAAACUAGCCGUUACAUCUCUCUCUCUCUCUAAACCCUAUUUCUCUUUACCUCCAUCACAAUGGCUGCUUCUGUACAAACUCCAUCACCUAAUCAUACUAACAAGGAAAGUGGAAGCUUGAUCAUGGUUUCUGAAUCUUCUCCAUCCUCUGAAAAGCGUCUCUGGAGCAGUCUUCGUAACAGGAUAGAUGUUCUUCUCGAUGAAAAGAGCAAAGACCACAAACUCAUCUCUAACUCCCCAUUGGUAGCUCAAAAGACUGUUGGAGAGUCAGAGAGAGCAAAGAGAUUGAAGAAUGACUCAAUGCUUUUGCUUAAAGGGUUUGACUCUGUUUCUCAUACUCUGUCUCAGCUUUCGAGUAAUCUCGACAACGCUCUUCAGGGAGUUAGAGAACUAGCUAAGCCACCUACAUUGUCUGAGAUACUCCACUCUAAUCUCAAAGCUGAUAAGAUACACCAACAACAACAGAGAAAGGAGGAAGAAGAAGAAGAGAGUAAAGGGAAGAAGAGGAAACAUGACUCUGAUGCUGAGUUCAAAGAAGAUUCAUCGGAUGAAGAUGAGAAGAGACCUAAAGAGAGGAAGACCAUGAAAAGAGCUAAGAACAUUGCGAUAUCAAUGGCAGCUAAAGCACAUUCGCUUGCAAGAGAGCUUAAAUCCAUAAAAUCUGACCUGAGUUUCAUCCAAGAGCGUUGUGGAUUGCUUGAAGAAGAGAACAAAAGACUCAGAGAUGGUUUUGUGAAGAGCGUUAGACCUGAAGAAGAUGAUCUGGUGAGGCUGCAAUUAGAGGUGUUGCUUACGGAGAAAGCUAGGUUAGCCAACGAAAACGCGAACUUGGUUAGAGAGAAUCAGUGUCUGCGCCAGAUGGUAGAGUACCAUCAGAUCACAUCUGAAGAUCUCUCAGCUUCUUAUGAACAAGUCGUCCAAGGUUUAUGCUUAGAUUUCUCAUCCCCUUUUGCUGAAAUCGAUUAUGGACAAGAAGAAGAGGAAACAACAGUUCUUGAUGUCUCGAAAUCUCUCAUUGAAAGCUUUGAAAAAGCAGAAGAAGAACAACACUGAUUGAUAAAGACAUUUUUUAGCAGUUUCUUGGUCCCAAGAUAUAAUGCUGUAAUAUCAUUCCACUGUUUGUCGUAAUAACUGGAUUAAGCCAUAAGCUUUUGAGCAGUUUGUAAUAAGUUUAGA